UGUCUCUUGCCAAGCAAAGAUUUUUUUUCUUCUCUCUGUCUAGAAAUCUAGAAAUUCCCUUGAAGACCAACCUCAGUAAAGCAUUAGCAGCAAUUUAAACUCUCAACAACUUCCCUCUACCCCAAUGCCUUUUAAUUCAAACUUUUGUAUUUAUGUUCCAACCAAUAUUAUUUAUACAUGACAAAGCCCCUCUCCUCAACCCAUGUCCAAGUUUGUUCUGUUCACGCAUACAUAUCUGGACACAAAUAAUUAACAAGCAAAACAGCUGAACAUGGCAAACUUGCACAUUUCAUGGCUUCUUCUAGCUCAAUGCCUGUUGCUAGUCACCAGAAUUACUGCCAAAGUCCCAGCAGUCGUCGUGUUCGGGGACUCUUCGGUUGAUGCUGGGAACAACAAUCAGAUUCCCACAAUUGCCAGGAGUAACUUUCAGCCUUAUGGCCGGGACUUUUCCGGUGGCAAGCCGACUGGGAGGUUCUCCAACGGCAGAGUGCCUACAGAUUUCAUCUCCCAGGCUCUUGGACUCAGACCAUUCAUACCUGCCUACUUGGAUCCUUCCUAUAACAUAUCAGAUUUUGCCAUUGGUGUCACCUUUGCUUCCGCUGGGACUGGCUAUGAUACUGCAACUUCAGAUGCGCUGUCUGUGAUACCACUAUGGAAGCAGCUGGAGUACUACAAGGAAUACCAGAACAAACUGAGACUUUAUCUUGGAGGAAACAAAGCAAACGAAACAAUCAAUGGAGCUUUGCACAUUAUGAGCUUAGGCACCAAUGACUUCCUGGAAAACUACUACUCAUACCCCGGCCGGUCAUCCCAAUACUCUAUCCAACAGUACCAAUAUCUUCUCAUUGGAAUUGCAGGAAAUUUCAUCAAGCAACUCUACCAUCUUGGAGCCCGGAAAAUCUCCCUCGGAGGUCUGCCUCCGAUGGGGUGCUUGCCAUUGGAGAGAACCACAAACAUCAUGGGUGGAAAUGACUGCAUUGAAGAUUACAACAAUGUGGCUCUGGAGUUCAAUGGCAAGUUGAAUGGCUUGACCACAAACCUCAACAAAGAGCUUCCUGGUCUCAAACUUGUGUUUUCAAACCCAUAUUACAUUUUCCUGCAGAUGAUAAGAAGACCUUCUUUGUAUGGAUUUGAGGUGACAUCAGUAGCUUGCUGUGCCACAGGGAUGUUUGAAAUGGGGUACGCAUGCAAUCGAAACAACAUGUUCACCUGCACGGAUGCAAGCAAAUAUAUAUUCUGGGAUUCAUUUCAUCCUACAGAGAAAGCAAACCAUAUCAUCUCUGAUUAUGUGGUGAAAAAUGUACUGGCCCAGUUUCUUUGAUUCUCUUUAAUUUCAAGACCAAUGUAUGUGUCCUAUGUUUUAGUGUCAUUACAUAUAGUACAUUAAGAAACUAAGCCUAAUGUUGAUAAAAAAACAUGAUUUUGGCACUUGGCAGAAAAAUGGCAUAAAG